GCCUCCCACUCCGUCCCCGCCCCAGUACAGUACAGUACCCGUUGCGGUGGUCGGUCUCCGUCCGCGUCUACGCCUGCUUCGGCCGGACAGGCUACCCGACACACACGAGGAGGAGCCGGCCGGGCUCAAGCUCAACCGCGCGCCAUCAUUGCUGCGCGCCCGGCCUCUCCUUCCUCCCCGGUUCCUUCCCUUGCCACACGCGUGCGUGCGUGCGCGCGCGCGGGCGCACAAAUAAUCACGAGGACCCCGCGAGGCCGCGCCACCAUUAUUCCACUUGCCUGACUCCUCUCCCUCCCUCUCUCUCUCUCUAUCUCUCAUUUCCUCACGCACGUCUCGCAACUGCCGCGGCACACCGCGCCGCUUCUUCUCCUCCUCCUCCUCCUCCUCCUUCCGAGCCGAGAGAAAGGCUGCUGCCAGAGGGACGAGGACGAGCGAGGAUCCUUCCGAGCGAUGGAGCAGUACGAGGUGGUGGAGCAGAUCGGCCGGGGCGCCUACGGCUCCGCCUACCUCGUCCUCCACAAGGCCGAGCGCAAGAGGUACGUCAUGAAGAAGAUCCGCCUCUCCAAGCAGAACGACAAGUUCCAGCGGACCGCUUACCAGGAGAUGUCCCUGAUGGCAAGCCUCAGCAACCCGUACAUCGUCGAGUACAAGGACGGAUGGGUGGACGAGGGGACCUCCGUCUGCAUCGUCACAAGCUACUGCGAAGGAGGGGACAUGGCCGAGAGGAUCAAGAAGGCAAGGGGCAUCCUAUUCUCAGAAGAGAGGGUGUGUCGGUGGUUCACGCAAUUGCUCCUCGCCCUCGACUACCUGCACUGCAACCGUGUGCUCCACCGUGAUCUCAAGGUUGUAGGAACCCCAAACUAUAUGUGCCCAGAAAUACUAGCAGACAUACCUUAUGGAUACAAAUCCGAUAUAUGGUCACUUGGUUGCUGUAUGUUUGAGAUUUUAGCACACCGACCUGCAUUUAAAGCUACAGACAUGGCAGCAUUAGUCAACAAAAUAAACAGAUCUUCAAUAUCUCCAAUGCCCCCAAUAUACUCAUCAGCACUGAAGCAGAUCGUGAAGAGCAUGCUAAGGAAAAAUCCAGAACAUAGGCCUACUGCUGGGGAGCUGCUGAGGCAUCCACAUCUGCAACCAUAUCUUUCUGAAUCGUCCAACUGUUCACCGAUCUAUCUUCCGGUGAAACCCACCAAAGGUAACCUGGUAGACAAGCAGUCAAAGAAGCCAAGCAGUGGCAGAAAGCGAGCUGUCAAAGCCAAUGGAUCCAAUGGAACAUUAGAAACUGCAGCAGAGCACGCUGUGGAAGCAAGAGACAGCUCCACAAACUUCUCAGAUGUAUCAACUAUAGGUACCCAGGAAGCCUUGAUAUUGCAAAUGCCGGUGGAUCCUGAUGCCGGAAGCAAAGAAGAGCAGAACGUUGAUGUUGUACCGUUUCAGCAUGCGGCAGAGAAUCUGAUGGCGACAACCGAUAGACAGGUCGAUGCGACCAUACGUCUUAAAGCCAUAAGAACCAGUAACGCAAAAGAGGCGGCCCCGGUCACAGUUGCAGACCAAAAGUUCAACGAGGCGCCAAUACCAAAUGAGGAACUGACAAUCGGGGUAGUGCAGGAACAAAGGAAGGACGUGAAGCCACGCUCUUACCAGGCAGGAAAACCAGAGAUGUGUGACACAACCGUAACGGAGGAAUCGUCGCCCAUCAGCACGCUAAAGCUGGCGCACACGGAGAGCGCGCCCGCGGAGUGGGACCACCUGAACAUAGUCCAGCAGAGGGCCGACGCGCUGGAGUCGCUCCUGGAGCUCUGCGCGAAGCUCCUGGAGCAGGAGAGGCUCGACGAGCUCGCGGGCGUUCUCCGGCCGUUCGGCGAGGGCGCCGUGUCGUCUAGGGAGACGGCGAUCUGGCUGACCAAGAGCCUGAUGACCCCCCCACCCAAGUUCGGAGAGUCCCCGACGAAGCUUUUGUAAAACAGUGAUUCGUUUGAGAGUUUUUGUUUUUUUUUCGAGUGCCAUUUUCGAGAGUGUACAUAGCAUCAACAGAAUUUGAGUUCAAGAUUGCUGUGCUUACCUAGGCCUGAGCUUUAUUUAUCUUGGAUGUAUAUGGUUUGCAUGGCACCGACUGUUGUGAGCGAUGACUGGUUAUUUACCAGCCGCCUUGUUUUAUUUAUUGUGCUGGAAAUCAUGCCGAGUCCAUUUCUGUUUA